ACUAUGCACUUGUAGCCAGCAACACGCACUAGUGUGCACUUCCACAAGUUGUGAAGAGGAAGAAGGACAGAGGACCACACACGCCUGGCAGAAACAUCAUUACAUCGGACUUUGAGACGAAGUUGAUGUUCAAUUCGGAAGACCUUCCCUCAACAUGAGGGCAGCUAAUUCAGGAUAUUGAACAAAAUAUAAAAGUUCAAUAUCCAUUUUGGAGAGUUUUGCAGCAGCGUCAGAGACUUUCACGCCCAUUCAUUGUCUGCUAUGGCAUCAAUUUUGGAUAAACGCGCUCCAGCUUUACUUUUAAUUUGGAGUUACUGCGUCGUAGCCGACACGGCUUUUGCAAACUUUUCCGUGGACAACGAGUUCCACUCCAGUUUCAUCUACCGCCGGUUGAGGACCCAGGAGCGCAGGGAGAUGCAGCGGGAGAUCCUCUCCAUCUUGGGGCUGCCGCACCGGCCGCGACCGCACCUCCACAGCAAGCACAACUCCGCGCCUAUGUUCAUGUUGGACCUGUACAACGCCAUGUCCACGGAAGGGGACGAAGACAGAUACUCUUAUCCUUAUAAGCCCGUCUUCACCACACAGGGUCCCCCCAUCGCCAGUUUACAAGACAACAAUUUCCUGAAUGAUGCAGACAUGGUGAUGAGCUUUGUCAAUCUAGUAGAGCAUGACACAGAAUUCCUGCCAGUGCGGCGGCAUCAUCGAGAAUUCCGAUUCGAUCUCUCCCAGAUUCCCGAGGGCGAGGCGGUCACUGCUGCUGAGUUUCGCAUUUAUAAAGACUUCAUUCACGAACGCUUUGAUAACGAGACCUUCCGCAUCAGCGUCUACCAGGUGCUGGAGGAACAUUCGGACAGAGAGUCUGACCUGUUUCUCCUGGACUCGCGGGUCAUCUGGGCCGCAGAGGAGGGCUGGCUGGUUUUUGACGUGACGGCGACUAGCAACCACUGGGUCCUGAACCCGGGGAGAAAUCUGGGUCUACAGUUGGCUCUGGACGGCACAAACGGAGAAAGCAUUAAUCCUCGCAUGGCGGGGUUGAUUGGUCGGAGUGGGCCACAGAACAAACAGCCCUUCAUGGUGGCCUUCUUCAAAGCCACGGAGGUGCACCUGCGAAGCAUUCGCUCAGCACAGGGGGGCGCCAAGCAGCGUAAUCCUAAUCGCUCCAAAGGGGCCAAGAGCCAAGAGGCACUGCGAGUGGCCAACAUUGCAGAGAACAGCAGCACUGAUCAAAAGCAGGCAUGCAAGAAGCACGAGCUCUACGUCAGCUUCCGAGACCUCGGGUGGCAGGACUGGAUCAUCGCCCCUGAAGGAUACGCAGCAUACUACUGCGAGGGCGAGUGCGCCUUCCCGCUCAACUCCUACAUGAAUGCCACAAACCACGCCAUUGUGCAAACCCUUGUUCACUUUAUCAACCCAGACACGGUUCCGAAGCCAUGUUGUGCUCCCACACAGCUCCACGCCAUCUCAGUGCUCUACUACGACGACAGCUCCAACGUCAUUCUUAAGAAGUACCGCAACAUGGUGGUCAGAGCUUGCGGCUGCCACUAGACAAGGCAAUGGUCACCUUCUAACACACACACGCACACACACACAUAAGUAGUCAGACACCAGCCUGACAACCUCUGGCGUGAGCACAAGCCAUCCAAGACAAUUUCCUGUGUGCGAAAAGCUCUCGUUUCUUCUUCAGGUUUGUCUCCAAGUAAACAUUGUGUUGUGUGGCUGAGAAGGAAUUUCAGAUUCCACACGCACAUUUGUGCUUUCUACUGUGUAUACAAGACAUUUUAGGCCGUGUACUGUGUAUCCCUUCACCAUCAACAAUCUUGUGUAUUUUCAGUUGUUUUGGUUUCUUCUUUUGCUCUAGAUGUUUAUUUCUUGCGUGAGAGCCCGGAUGUAAGUGAGGACUUUAUGAACUGUACAAUAAUGUGUAAAUAAUGUGUGUCAAACAAAGCACAAUGUAUAUUUAUUUCCUGAAAUGUCAGUCAGGUUUUAUGUGUUUAGUCUGUUUGCUGACUGCUUUCUGUCCCACACAGACACAACUUAUUUCAUCAGUGGAAGCAGCUACAUAAACCUGAAAGACGUUGUCACUAAGUGUCGGGGGGAGGGCGAGGGAACAGGCUUUUGUGUUGUUGACAUUUUCAGGUUUCUGUUCUUCUGCUGUAAUAAAAGCU